GUUUUUGCACGGACAUACGGGAUGAGGACUACGACUGCAAUUCUCCUGCUCCUCAUUCUCCUCAUGGUGCUCCUCCGGGCGUGCGUCGACGGCUACCGGCCGGUCAUCAUCGUGCAUGGCAUCUUUGACGGACCCAAGCAGUUCCAAACGCUGGCUCUCUUCAUUAAUGAGACACAUCCUGGCACCGAGGUGACGGUGGUGGACUUGUACAAGCACAUGUCUAGUCUCAAGCCACUGUGGAAGCAGGUACAAAACUUCCACCGCGCCAUUGAGCCCAUCAUGGAGAAGGCUCGGGACGGCGUACACCUGCUGUGUUUUUCGCAAGGUGGUCUAAUAUGUCGAGCCCUCCUUUCCACAACCCCCAACCACAACAUCCACAACUUCAUCGCGCUGUCAUCGCCCCUAGCUGGCCAGUAUGGAGACACGGACUACCUACAGCAGGUGUUUCCUGGUUGCGUGAAGGACAUGAUCUUCCUGGUUUGUUACAACAGAGUGGGACAGAGGGUGUCUAUUUGCCAGUAUUGGAACGAUCCUCACCAUAGGCCCAGUUACUUGAAAAACAACAAAUUUCUCCCAGUCCUCAAUGGCGACACACCUCAUGACAAGAUUAAAUCCUGGAGGGAGAACUUCCUACACAUUAAGAAGCUGGUGUUGAUUGGCGGACCGGACGACGGCGUCAUCACUCCAUGGCAGUCCAGCCACUUUGGAUUCUAUAACAGCAAGGAGCGCGUUGUCGAAAUGAGGAACCAAGAGUUUUACAGGAACGACACCUUCGGACUGAAGACGCUUAGCGCUCGCGGCGACCUGUCGUUGUGCCUCUGCUCUGGCGUCAAGCAUAUGCACUGGCACUCCAACUUCACCGUGUUCACUAACUGCAUUGAGAAGUGGCUUACUUGAACGGAGGGGGAGGGGAGGGCUAUGACAAGCCAUUUGAGCAUUUAUUUAACAGCCUUCAUAUACCGUUAAAGGUCCAUGUACUAGUACCGUAAUUUCUCGUGUAUAAUGCGCAUUUUUUUCCCAAAGCAAUUGUCAAAAGUCAAUAGUUCGUAUUAUACAACAUAAGUAUCUUGGAAAUGGAAAAAACUUUCACAUUUUAUAUAUGUAUGCCGCCAUCUAGAGAUUAUGAAAAAGCUGUACACUUUCAUUCCAAUAUGCCAUCACCACCUGGAGGUUAUGAGAAAAGGGUACACUUUCAUUCUAGUAUGACCCCCCUACCUAGGGGUUAUGAAAAUGAUGUAGCCUACACUUUCAUUCCAAUAUGACAAGGGUACGUAUGACUGCAUAUAUGUACGGUUGUGCUCAUAAGUUUAUAUACCCAGGCAGACCUUGUGCGAUAUUGUUUUUUUUUUUAAUAUGACUCAUGACUGAACAACAACCAUGAUUAAUUUCUUUAUGGUUAUGUUUUGUUUAAUGAUAAUGUUUUUCAUCUGCCUCACAGUUCUGAGGACCGGGAUUCAAGUCCCGGCCCCACCUGUGUGGAGUUUGCAUGUUCUCCCCGUGCCUGCGUGGGUUUUCUCCGGUUUUCUCCGGUACUCCCGUUUCUUCCCACAUCCCAAAAACAUGUGUGGUUGGUUGACUGAAGUCUCUAAAUUGCCUGUAGGUGUGAAUGUGUGCGCGAAUGGUUGUUUGUUUAUAUGUGCCCUGCGAGUGGCUGGUGACCAGUUCGGGGUGUACCCCGCCUCUCGCCCGAAAAUAGCUGAGCUAGGCUCCAGCACCCCCCGCAAUCCUUGUGAAGAUAAAGCGGUACAGACAAUGGAUGGAUGGAUGGAUGGAUGAUGCUUUUCUAAAAUGCUUGAAAGUUUAAUUUGAAUCCCAUUAAAACAAAAUUAUGUCUUUCGCCUGGCCCUUCAUGUUUUCUUUAAAGAAUUUUACCCAUCUUACAAAUUCUGCCUGGAUAAUCAAACAUAUGCGCACAAGUGUGUGUUUUUUCAUAUACUAAAUAAAAGUAGGGCUGUGAAUUUCAAAAUAAGAGCAAGUAAAUAAAAAUGAAGUAACGUGUUCCAAUAAAGUGCUUAACUUCAGAAUAAUUAUUUGAAAAAACUAACCAAAUACAGAUAAUACUUCAUGUUUUGAUCACAUGGGUAUAACCAAAAUCAUGCACAGUAAAAAUGCAUUGCACAUAGGUAGAAGUGUUCUCCAGAAUUUUGAGGUCAACUUUGGGGGUGUGUACUAUACAUGGGUGCGCAUUUACAUGAGAAAUUAUGGUACACUCUUUGUCCUCACCAUUAAGACAAUUCAGAGCAUGAGUAGUAUAACGAAUAAAUGCUAAAUUUAUUCCAUAUCCUUGGUAUUCUGUUUAAGGUCCAUGUACCAGUGUAGUCUUUUUUUCUCAAUAGUAGGACAAUUCACAGCAUGAGUAGCAUAUCGAAUAAAUGCUCAAAUGCUCAAUUGAUUCAAUAUCCUUAGUAUCCUGUUUAAUGUCCAUGUACUAGUGCACCCUUUGUCCUCAAUAGUAGGACAAUUCCGAGCACAAGUAGUAUAUUGAAUAAAUGCUGGAAAGGCUUUCCAAAGCUAUUUGAGCAUUUAUUCAAUAUUCAACAAGUGCGCUGAAUUAUAAAUGAAAACUAGUGUGCCGCGAAUGAAUGCUCAAACAGCUUCCCAUAAAGCCGUUUGAGCAGUUAUUCAAUAUUCUUGAUAUCCAGCUCAAGGCCCCUGUACUAGUAUGCUCUUUGUCCUCCAGUAGGACAGUUUUGGCAUACAGGUAGUUUAACUACGUUUCUAUUGUGAGGCAAAAACCGCACAUUAAUUGACAUCUGCCCGCUAUGUUAACUUGUACAAUUUUAUAAUGUCACUAGUAGUACUAGUAGUAUGAUUUAUUUCCCACUAGUACACAGUUUUGUAACACAAGUAACAUGUACAGUUACUUGUUGUUGUACUAGUGUGCCAAAUUGUCUGACCGGCAUUCUCUUUGUACCUUAAGAUGGAUAUCUAGGAUAUUGAAUAAAUGCACAAACAGUUUGCCAUAAAGUCAUUUGAGCAUUUUUUUCUCAGCACACAAGUUUGUGUUCAUAAUUCAAGAUAUGGAAAAGAGUGCUCAAACAGCCUUCCAUAGCAGACAAGCAUCCAACAAUCUAAAUGGAUGCUUGUGAUGAUACUGCAGAGAAAGAGGAGUAAAGGAAGUCAAAUGUCAUUGUUGUCAGGAUUUUUUUUUCAUUUUUAGUUUAAAAAACAAUAAAGCUACGAUUCUUUGUAUAUAGAAAUUCAAUAGUGACUACUUCCAAAUGACUUUGUAUUUAAAAAAAAAGAUUUUGCAACGUAGUGAACAUUUGAUAUUAUGCUUUGUGCCUUUUUACAGGAACCAUGAACCAUGUUGACAUGCAAUAACCAUGACAAUGCUGUGAAGUUUUCUCGUCGUUAGACUUGUAAUUUUAUUGAACAAUAAAAA